AUGGAUAUGACAAAGCAGACAGAAUAUUUUCAGUCUGCCAAUAGCCAAUCCCGCCAGUAUCCACAUAUGCAUAACUAUAAUAUUCUAUACUCUUCUUUUUUCCUAUUUUCUCUUUCCUUCCUCCUCUUCUUUCCUUUUACCUCUUCUUUUUCUUUCUUUUCCCUCUUCCCUUUUUUCUACUUCCUCUUCCCUCAUUUUUCCAACAUCUAUUACUCUCUUCUGUAUCUCUUCUUUCCUUUUCCUUGUUUCUUUUCCCUCUUUUUUCCUCAUCCUAUUUUCCUUCUUCCACUUCUCUUUUUCUCUUGUGUUUUCGUCUUUUUUUCCCACCUUCUAUUUGCCUCCUCUAUGCCACUUUUCUUCUCCUUUCUAUUUCUUCUUUCCUCUUUUUUCUCUUCUCUCUUCUGUUUCCCUCUUCCAUGCCUCUUUUCAUCAUCAUUUCUUUUCUUCUUUUUUCUAUUUCUUCUACUUCUCUUUUCCUCUUCCCUAUUCUGUUUUUUCUCUUUCUUUUUUCCUACUUCUUCUUCCUUCUUUUUUCCUUUCCUCAUCUCUUUCUUCUAUUUUCCCUCUUCCACUUCUCCUUUUUUCCUUUUCUUCUUCUUCCAUUCUUCCUCUCCUUUCUUUUUUUCCUUCUUUUCCCUCAACAUGAAUACUAUUCUUUCUUAG